AUGAAUUUGUUAUCUGACCCAAGAGUUAUUUACUGUGUAGACUCCUUUGAUAAACAUCAAAUAUUGUUGGGUUUUGCACAUAUAACUUCUUCUUCAGGUGGUGGAUUUGUUUUUAAUAAUCCUAGAAGGUUAAUAUUUCAAGAGAGUUUUUAUACCUUAAUGCAUCGCCUAUGGUUAACAUAA